AUGGAGAACUUCCAAACCACUUAUAAUUCCAACACCACAUCAGCAAAUGAAGCAUUGAAGAGUCUGGGAUCUCUAUUCACGACUGAAAGGACAAAACUCCAAGAUAUUCAAACCGGUCUGAAAUCUGACCAUGAAUCCUUUCAAGUCACUAUUUCGUCUCAGCUUUCUCAACUUAAAGACGAACUUGUAAAAGAAAGUACUCUCAAAGAUUCUCUCGCUCUCAAGACUGAAGAAGCCAAGCUGUUAAGCACCAAACUUGAAGCUUUGGAGAAACAGGUCAAAGAUUUGUUAUCUGAGAGGGCGGUCAUGCGAAGCUGUAUAACUGAUGUUACUGGCUUGCUCUCGAAUAUCAUUGAGACUAGGGACUCUAUGAUCACCAUUACUAUGCGUAAGCAUCUGCAAGAAAACUUAAAGCCAGUUUUUGCCAUGCUUCACCGUCUUGAAGGUGUUUCUGAUCAAUCCUUGAAUCGGAAAUAA